AUGAGGGUUGCCUGGUCACGCCUGAUUCGCUUCGUCGCUACGGACGGUCGGACUCUCUACGGAGAGCCCAUUCUCACCAACCCUGACUUUGACAUUGGUGACACCACGGAAAAGUCUGGCCUGCAGGCCAAAGUCGUCAAGGGCCAGGAUAUAUACGAUACCACCGGGGCCACGAAAGUGACAGACGAGGUCGCCACCGUCAAGAAGCUCCUCGGUCCUCUCGCCCCCGCGGAUGUGCCGAUACUUCGUUGCGUCGGGCUGAACUAUGCCACUCAUAUUCGCGAGGCGGGUCGAACGCAGCCGCCAUUCCCUUCCAUCUUCUUCAAGCCCUCGACUACCGUAACCGACCACGGAGCUACAGUGGUGAUUCCCAAGAUCGCGCAAGACGAUCAGGCAGAUUAUGAGGGCGAAUUGGUCGUGGUCAUCGGAAGGGACGCAAAGGAUGUUUCUGAAUCCGAAGCACUCGACUACGUGGCCGCAUACACGGCCGGCAACGACAUCUCGUCUCGCAAAUGGCAAAGAGAUCCGGCGAAAGCUGGAGGCGUCCCUCAAUGGGGCUUCUCCAAGGGGUUCGAUACGUACGCGCCUCUUGGUCCUGUUUUGGUAUCGAGCACUCUAAUCCCCGAUCCAUCAACCCUCCACCUCAAGACAAUUGUUGAUGGGGAGCUGCGUCAAAAUGCUGGGUUAGAUGAUUUGGUAUUCUCUGUCUCGCGGCUGAUCGCUCAUCUCUCCUCGGGGACUACCCUGCAGAAAGGCAGUGUGAUUAUGACGGGCACUCCCGGAGGUGUUGGUGCCGGGCUCAAGCCACCGAAAUAUCUUGUCCCCGGGACGAGUAUGGAAGUGAACAUUUCGACCAUAGGAACCCUCAGAAACGGGGUGGAAUUCGCCUAG